UUAGCGAUGGAAAAGAACUGCUUGCCUGUUUGGAAAUUUUUGCCUUGAGGUCAUGCUCAGGGACAAUAAUGACCCGGAAAGGCCCCCGUAGGAUAUUUUUUGCAGGAAUGGUCACUCGUUAAAUCCAGAGAAGGAAGGGGAGGAGUCUGAGCCAGGUCACUUGCCCCUUUUCCUAUAAACUUCUCUGGCUCUUGGCUUGGCGGCAGGAGUUUGAAGGACCGGGAGUAGCUGCACGGCCGAGUUUUCCCCAUGACUUCGGUGACCAGAGCGGUGUUUGGAGAACUGCCGUCGGGGGCAGGAACAGUGGAGAAGUUCCGGCUGCAGUCAGAUCUGCUGAGAGUGGACAUCAUCUCCUGGGGCUGCACCAUCACAGCUCUGGAGGUCAAGGACAGGCAGGGGAGAGCCUCAGAUGUGGUGCUCGGCUUUGCUGAGUUGGAAGGGUACCUCCAAAAGCAGCCCUACUUUGGAGCAGUGAUUGGGAGGGUGGCCAACCGAAUUGCCACAGGAACAUUCACGUUGGAUGGGAAGGAGUACAAGCUGGCCAUCAACAAAGAGCCCAACAGUCUGCAUGGUGGAAUCAGAGGAUUUGAUAAGGUCCUCUGGACCCCUCGGGUGCUAUCAAAUGGUGUCGAGUUUUCACGCGUCAGUCCAGAUGGUGAGGAAGGCUACCCUGGAGAGUUGAAGGUCUGGGUGACGUACACGCUGGAUGGCGGGGAGCUCGUGGUCAACUAUAGAGCACAGGCCAGUCAGACCACACCAGUCAAUCUGACCAACCAUUCUUACUUCAACCUGGCAGGCCAGGGUUCUCCAAAUAUAUAUGACCAUGAAGUCACUAUAGAAGCUGAUGCUUUUUUGCCUGUGGAUGAAACCCUGAUUCCUACAGGAGAAAUUGCUCCAGUGCAAGGAACUGCAUUUGACCUGAGGAAGCCAGUGGAGCUUGGAAAACACCUGCAAGAGUCCCACAUCAAUGGCUUUGACCACAAUUUCUGUCUGAAGAGAACUAAAGAAAAGCAGUUUUGCGCAAGGGUCCGUCAUGCUGGAAGUGGGCGGGUACUGGAAGUGUACACCACCCAGCCCGGCGUCCAGUUUUACACAGGCAACUUUCUGGAUGGCACGAUCAAGGGGAAGAGUGGAGCAGUCUAUCCCAAGCACUCUGGUUUGUGCCUCGAGACCCAGAACUGGCCCAAUGCAGUCAAUCAGCCCAACUUCCCUCCUGUGCUGCUGAGGCCUGGUGAGGAGUAUGACCACACCACCUGGUUCAAGUUUUCUGUGGCUUAAGGAAGUAUGAAGACAUGACUUGUGCCAGGACUGAGAUAGGAACUUCCUCAGCAGCCUGUUUCCUGUCCAGAGAUGAGGCGAAGAUUUAGAGGCUUUAAACGUGAUCCUGUGAAUUAAAAUCAUGUAAAUGGUAGCCGUCGUGAUAAUCAGUCUGAGUAUUGAUUUCCUAGGAGCUUUUCCAAUGGCUGGCUCCUGGCCAUGUCUAAUGACCAGCUCCAUUCUCUGUAUAGUUCAGAGGACAAGGGAACUCAACUGCCAAUGUCAUCAUUGAAGCCCUAACCCGAGCACAGAAGUGGUGCCCAGGACCCUCAUGCUCAGAGGCAGCAGUGCCUGGUCAGCUGUUGUUGGCUCCAUCACUUCACCCUGCCCCUUUCUUUUCUACUUUUCACCGUCCCUUUCUUUUAUCCUACUAUCUAACCCCUUUUCUUUUUCCUCUUCCUCUGCCUCAAAGCACCUUAGCCACGUACGGCAUGUUACGGUUUUCAAAAGUCACAUUAGCUCAUUCAGCAUGCUGGCAGAUGGACCACUCUGCCUCUAGCACUAGAUGAUGUGAUGGAGAGAUGAAGGCUCCAAGGCUUAGAGAGGUUAAGUGACCCACCUGUAGGCACCCAGCUGGUAAAAAUUUUGGCCAGGACUUGAGUUCAGGUCAGGUGGACUCAAGUCCCUUCCUUUCCUGCUCCUCCACCUUGGUCUGCACUGAGGGCCAGAGGGGGAUCUGACCCCUGCUCUUGUGGUUAGAGCCAGCCAUUCUUCCCAGAUUCACUGUUAAGAGAAGCAAUAGGUUGAGUUUAACUGUCUGUUAGUCCUAGAAGUGGUGUAACUUAAAGUACAAGAUCAAAUUAUGGAGAAUCUGUCAUUUAGAUUCUCUGCCUUUGGGAUUAAUUAAGAAAGCCCAGCCAAACAUAGACAUGGGAAGAAAGAAACCCACUGAGACAGGAGCCAUGGUGCCAGUGUAAGGAGCACGCCUUGCCUUGUGAUGUGGCGCAGUGAGGAUUACACAUGGCCCUGGGAGCAGGUGUUGUAUUAUGUAGACAAGGCUAGGGGCGCUCUCCUUUCCUGGACAAUCGAAUCAUUGGUGAUGGGUUUGGGUUGGUGAUUGUUAAGGAAAUACGUUUUAUACUGUUACAUACUAUCAAUCAGUUCAAAUAAAUCCAAAAUCUGCACCUCAGAAGACUCCAAUUCCUUGACUCAUUUUUAAAUCUGCCAGUCAUUGGCCUUUGGGGAAUGGACCGAGUAUACAGUGUGUUCUGGAUUCUACGGUGCUCUCCAGCAUUUUCCUAGAGGAAGUCCCUUCAGCCUGCCUUAGCUUCCCAUACUUCCUCUAAUUGUUGAUGUGUGCCGUCAAGUCCAUUCCAACUCAUAGCAAUCCUAUACGACAGAAUAGAACUGCCCCAUAGUGUUUCCAAGGAGUGGCUGGUGGAUUCGAACUGCUGGCUUUUUG